GGGCGGCGCUGAUUGGACGCGGCGCGCGGCCCGGGCCGAUGGAGGCGAUGUAGCCGCGGCCGCCCCGGGAGCGCCCGGGACGGCGCCGCAGGGCGCUGGCCAUGGAGCCGGGCACCAUCGACAACCUGUCCAUCCUGUACCAGAGCUCCGACUUCAUCGUGGUCAACAAGCACUGGGACAUCCGCAUCGACAGCAAGAUGUGGUACGAGACACUGACCCUGCAGAGCCAGCUCCGGCACCGCUUCCCCGAGCUCGCCGACCCCGACACCUACUACGGCUUCAGGUUCUGCCACCAGCUGGAUUUCUCCACCAGCGGGGCCCUGUGUGUCGCUCUCAACAAGGCGGCGGCGGGAAGCGCCUACAAGUGUUUCAAGGAGCGGCUGGUGACCAAAGCCUACCUCGCCCUGGUGAGGGGCCACGUCAGCCAGAGCCGGAUGACGAUCCGCUAUGCCAUCGGGAAGAACACCAUGGAGGGCAGGACCCACAUGAUGUGCAUCGACGGGACAGAGGGCUGUGAAAAUCCCAAGCCUUGCCAGUCGGAGCUGAUCGUGCUGGAGCACGGAUCCUACAGCGGAGACCCCGUGACCAAAGUGCUGCUGCAGCCCCUGACAGGGCGGACUCACCAGCUGCGGGUUCACUGCAGUGCUGUCGGUCACCCCAUCGUGGGGGACUUCACGUACAGCCUGGGCCAGGACAGCAGCCCCUACAGGAUGAUGCUCCACGCCUACUACCUGCGCAUCCCCGCGCGCGGGGAGCUCAUCGAGGUGUGCGCGCCCGACCCCUUCGUGCCCGCCAUGGACAGCAACUGGGAGCCCCAGCGCGUCACCCGCCGGCUGGAGGACACCAUCCAGGAGCUCAAGGACAAGGUGACGCAGCAGGAGCAGGAGCAGCAGGGCCAGGAGGCCGUGGGUGGUGGUGCGGAGGAGGAGCAGCCCCGGAGCGAAGCCGGGAGCGCGGAGCCGGAGGAGCAGCGGGCGCGGUGCCAGCAGUGGUUGGCAGAGUGGGCUCUGGAGUGAGCACGAGCCACGUCCCUGCGUUUCCAGCUCCAUCUUUGUCCCAGUGGGUCCCCUCGGAGCCCAGCGCUGACUCCACGCCUGCACCUCCUGUAUGCCAAGGCUUCCCUCGCUCACGGGGCUGGAUUAGGCACAUUGAGCAGCGGUUAGGGUGGGUUUGCUUUUUAACGUCCAUCAUCCAGUUGGCCACGGGAUGCCCCUUCCCCAGUUCCAGGCCUCAGCAGCAGAGUCAGUGUCACACACCAGCUUAGAGUGACCCCAAAGCUUCCCAUCCCUGUCCUGGGGCUCAGGCCCAGCCGGGGCACCACAGACACUGCCUUUGCCAUGGCAUUCCCACAAACCCUCCGUGCUUGGAUGCUGAAGUGUAGCCCAGCACAGGGAGGGGAGGACGUGCCACGAGCAGCUUUGGUGUCCGUGUCCCCCAUUCCCAUUCCCUUCACUCCAGCUGCUGCACUCACUGGCACAUGUGUGGGAGGUGGGACAGUGGGGGUCUGGAGCAGAGGCUGGGGGCACCAACAGCCCCCCAGUUUUGGGGUGCUCCAGGUGUUUGGCCCACAGAGAUGUGCUGGGAUGGGCACAGGAGAGGUCCCUGCCUGGCACCAAAGUGCUGCCCAUCCCUGCCCCGCACUCCCCUCCUCCCUCAGCCCUCCCAUGGGGUUUUUAAAGGUUUGGUGAAGGUGAGAGGGUUGAUACAAAUGGAUUUUAAACCUUUUUCAAUUUUCUAGGGGAAGAAUCUAGUCUUUUAGGGGUUGUAAAAUACGGGUGGUCUCAGAAAUGAGGUAUUUUUAGUAUUUCUGUGGUCGGAGAGCCAGCAGCCCAAAGCUUUUUUAAUGGAUUUUAUUAUUCCUUCUACUGGCAUUGCCUUUCCUGCUUUUAUCCUGGGUGUGGGUGUAACCCCUGCUGAGACAGGUCAGAGGACACGAGCCCCUUGCUGCUCACCUGGACAAGUCCUGGCUUGAUCCCAUGGUGUGGCUCCUGGUCCCAUGGCGUGGCUCCUGGCUGGCAGGUUUCCAGAGGGUGCCAGAGGAAGGUCCUUUGGGUGGACAGUUUGGGAAGGCUCUGGAGCAGUAGGAAAUGGAUGAAGCUGAAAGAAAGACUGAUGUGGUGGCUCAGCUCUGCUGGCGCUCAGCUUUGCAAGAUUCCAAGAAGAGUUUCUCUGGAAGUGCCCUUGCUUUGCUGGUCAUCCUGCUUUGCUUUCCCUUUCCCACCCUGCUCGUCCUCUCCAGCCCUUGGAGGACAUUUGGAAAUGAGGAGAACAGGACAGCUGGGGAGGGACAGAGGGGCUGGAGCCCACUGCACACACAUCCCCAUCCCAGGGGCAUCGGCAUAUCACUGUGUGCCCAGAGUUGUUGUCACCCCACCAGCCCCAUCCCAUGGAAAAUGCACCUGACAGGGGCUACACACAACUGACAUUCCCACUCUGAGGGAGAAUAAAAUGUCACAGCUCUCUCCCUGUGGGUGAACAUACCCUGCAGGUCACCAAAAUCCCGGGGGGAAUUGCAUCACCCGCCCCUUGUGUCCCUGGGUGCAAGUUCACUGUGCUUUUGUGUCUUGGUGGGGAUGGCUCUGAGGUGCCAGCCCUGGGCUCAGGGUGGGUUGGAGGAGCAGGAGACCCAUCUCCUUCCUCCCAAGCCCCCUCCCUGCCCAUCCCAUGUCCCAGGAGUGGCCGGGAAGGGAGAGGCAGCCGCGGGCAGGUCCCAGAGCUGUAAAUUACCCUCAUGAACCUGUUUGCCAAAGAAUGAAGGGGGGUGACGUGCACGGGAGGUGCUGAAAAGUGCCAGGGGAGAUUUACAUGUCACAGGUGGGACACAGCCUGCCCUUCCCACUGGGAACAUCCGGGAUGGGGUGGAUCACUGGGGUGGGAUGUGGGGACACUGAUGGACCAUCCCUGCUGGGGGCUGUGUGGAGGAGCCCCCUCCCCAGCACCCAUCAGCCUUCGUGUGCUGCACUUAUACCCAACACCACAGAGACCAGAGAUAAAUAGGUGUUUUCCUUACCCUGCAGAGAGUGUUUUCCAGGUGCCCUUCCCGGCAUCCCGUCCUGCUCCCUCCUCUCUGCCGGCACUGCCACGGGGCGUUGGCUGCGAAUCUCCCGGUACUGGGGUGUGUGUUGUGAUGUUCUGUGCACUUGGCAGUACCCGUGUUGUUGCCUCUCACUGUAUUAAACGUGUCUCUGCCCUUC